UGCCCGGCCGCCCGGCGGCGCAUCCGAACGAACGAACGCUAACCGCACGCGACCGUGUUUACGAACGCACCUUUACCAUUUUCAAAUUUCGAACGAGAUAUUCCAAAUUUGAAUUUUUAGUGCAGUGCCCGAGUUUGGAUUAUUUAUUUAUGAUUUGAAGACGACCUUGCUGAGCAUCGCACGGAACCGAAAAGCAAGAAUAAGCUGUGACCUUACUACAGUAACGUCCGAGCCGUGCCGCAACUGCAUGGUUAACAACUGAUUCAAAAUGGCUGAGAACGGGUUCGGACCGAUGGCCGGCCACGUCGGCAGGAUACCGAACUUCGGGAAAACUCAGGUCAAUCCCUUGGGCAACAAUGAGCCCCCAGCAUGCAUACAGAACGCGAUGAUGACGAAAGAUAAGAAGCCGUUCACCUACACGCCAGGAGGCUUGGACCUGUCCCAGAUACGCACUCCUAGCAUGGCCAGAAGACUGGCAAGGCAAAGGUCACAAGAGGAGCACGAACAAGCCUACGCUCAGCAAAACUACGCCCCUCAAACCAACGGCGGUGGCGGUGGCUACCAAACUCAAGGGACCCCGAACCCUCCUCCUCCCCCACCACCUGGUAUCCCCGCUCCACCCCCACCUCCCCCUCUAGUCAUCGAAGUACCAAACUCAAAAUUACCGAAACCCGUACCAUUAGGAGAACGACCCGAAAUAGUUAUCCCUGAAAACCCAAUUGGGAUGCUUAGGAAAACGAACAGCCCAUAUCAUUGGGAAGCAGAAAAAGCAGACGAACUGCGAAUGGGUCCCGUGCCGAAGUUUGUAGAAAAGGUCCCGAGCCCUUUAACAGUCCAAAUGCCUCCGUCUUCGUUCUCCAACCAAGCACCUCAGUAUAUGCCGCCAUCUCAAAAUACAAACUAUUCAUACAACAACCAGUACAAGCAACCAGAAAGCCCGCUUCACAGACCAGAAGCAUUGUAUGCUCACCAGAAAUCAAAUUCACCAAGUGUAAAAACUCCUACAAUAGAACUCUUACAAAGACAGGAUUCUCAGUUCAACAAGAGCCCACAACCCUUCGGAGGACAGUCGCCUUUUAGUAACGGUUCUCCGUAUUCUCCUAGCCCUAAUAAUAAUUGGAGGCAGCCGGAGAGAAGAGAAUCUCCACCAGAAAAUACGAGCAACAGCCCUCAGUCUCCACAUGUAAACCGCAGUCCCUUCACACCAAACCAGCAAUACUCUCCUAACUUCCAAAACCAAAGUCCCCCAGUUAAUUCUAGUCCCGUUUAUCACACUCUUCCUAGAGUUGGUCAAAAGAACCAAGAGGUUAACAAUAUACAGAACAACCAAUACCAACAAUCAAGCGCUGAUUCUGAUCCCACACCGUGGCGAACCAAUACGAUUAACAGACAUCCAAGAGAGCCAGAGAGCCAGAACAAUGCCUAUAAUAAUAACCAGAAUGCAAAUCAACAGGCGUACAGCCCUCCAUGGAAGAGUAAUGAAGCGAAAAACAAUGAAAGCGCAUACACUCCUCCGUGGCUUCAGGCACGGAAUCAAAAUGCGAAUCAACAGCAGGACACACCGCCAUGGGUCACGCCACGAGAUUCUAACAACAAUGGAGUACAAGAAAACUACAAUACGCCCUUGAGAUCUUCAGACAAUAACAACAACAGACCUGCACAAUCUCCACCACAACCUAUGCAACCCCAAGACCAACCCCGUUAUCAGACGUCAAUGUCGAUUCCUGUGACACCGAAGCGGCAAAAUCCACCAGCAGACUACAACAACACUCCCCCACAAAAAGAAGUCGUGUAUGUUAAUCAGGAGCCUGUUUACUUCUGCCCUGAUAGUCCGAAGUCCAUACCACCUUGGGUAAAAUCACAGAAAGAAAAGACGAAAACCCCUCCGCCCGAAUGGGUUCAGCGUCCGCUGGACAACAGAAGAAGCGUAACUAGGGACUUGGUGACACCACCAAGGGAAACCACAAAUCAGGAACCAGAAUGGGUUAAAAAGAGUAACGAAAUGCAGAGAGGUAUCCGCGAUGUAAUCAGUCCGCCUAAAUACCAGCAGACCGCGCAGCCGUCGUGGUCGACUCGUCCGUCAGAUAAUAGAAAAAGCGUGCCUAGGGAAGCACCUGAAUCCCCUGGUAGCAGGGUUGUUCCGAUUCAAAUGGAGGUAUCAAGUACAGAUACAAGGGACCAAGGGAGGCAGGGUCAGGCUCCGCACUUGAGGAUCACUAUCGGUAUGAAUCCGAAUGGUCCCAAUGCACAGCCGCAGUCGGCGCCGUACUCGCAGCCCACACAGCGCAUCAUGCGAGUGCUGUCGCCGCAGCUGGUGAGGAUGGACGAAGGACAGUCCCAGCAUGAACUGCCGGCUCUAAGCCGGCACUUGACGAGCAAUCAAGACAAUCAACCGAAAACGCGGAUAAUCCCCAUUCAAAUUGAAGGUGGCAGUAAUGGAGCUAACAGAAGGGUGAUCUACCACAAGUUCACACAGGAGGCGCCUCCUCGGCAGUCCAAGGCGUUCCGGGUGUUGCAGGUGAUCACGGGUACUGAGGACUCCGACCAUAUACAGAGCAUGGAGAACCGGCACGGGUUCACUGACCUAUAGCCAUGUAAGCUCGACUCUCACAGUACUAUUUAUUUACAAAAUGUUAUAUUUUGGAAAUCACGUUCAUUUAUUAUCGUUAAUAGAAAAUUUUAUGUUGUGCUUUAUUUUCGCAUCAUUCUAAUAUAACUGAAAAUCGUAAAAUAAAAUAAUAAAGCGUAAAUUUGUGAGGCGACUUAAAUCCAUUUUAUUUUACUCACAGUGAGUUUCCUCUCUUUUACCGAUACAAGUGAAAAUAGGUAUCAAUUGAAAAAGUACUGCAUUAUUAAUUUUAAUACGUAAGUAUGGUAAAGUAAUACAUAUAAUCUAUAAAAUAAACAUUAAGAGGAUUUCUACUAUUCCACAAACACGCGUAAAUUAUUUUUAUAAAUAUUAACAUAUAUAAAACAUUAGUUAUUUAGUCGCUUGGGCGCCCAAUCUAUUUGCACAUGUCUGUGCAUACUUAUUAUAUUUUUUAUAAUUCAAUGUUUUCUUGUGGAAUAGUUACUGAGCAUUACUUCAUCUUUAAUACCUUACUUACUAAAUGAUGUAAGCACGGUUCGUUAAACUAGACUAUGAAACUGGAAAUAUAAUAUAUUUUAAUAAAUUAUUUUGUAACGUAACUCUUAUUUUUAUUAUAAAUGUGUAAAUAAGUCGAAAAAUCUAAUGUAAAUGUAAAGCUUUUAAUGUGAUUUUACUAAUGCUCGUGAAAAUGGCUACGGCUAGCUUACCAAAGAAUAUUUUAAUAAAUAUUAUUAUUUACGGUUAAGUUUAUUUAUUAAUAAGCAAAUGAUUUUCGCUUCAAAUUAAAUAAGUACCUACCUUAAUGAUAAUGGUAUUCUCACAAUAAAAGCAGGAACAUAUUUUCCUUAAUCUUGAGAAAAUCAUUUCUAUGAUAAAAUAUGUAAUUUUUAAUAAUUAUAAAUAUGCACUUAUAUAAUAUAUAGAUAGUCAAAUGAGUCGGUGUAAGUUACCAUUAGAUAGAUUUUGUUAUAAUUUUUGAAUACCGACUAACCAUGAGAAACCGCCAAUAUAUACCAAUACCUACACAUAUCAUACUAACAUAUUAUAAAAUUAUAUUUAGUAUUUAUUUAUUUAUUUAUACUGCGUAUAUUAUAUUGUGUGUAUUUAUAAUAUUGGCUUAUUAUUAUGUUAUAUGUAAUAAAUAUGUAUUUAUAUACUUAGUGUGUAUGAUUUAUUGUAUAUUUAUUAUCUGUAAGUAUGUGUAUGUUUUAUAUUAUCUUGUUUAUAUAUGUAUCUAUUUAUAACUAACUGACACGCUUUCGAUUUAUUUGCAACAAUAACGAAAGUAAUUCCGAAAAUUCCAACGCAUAUUUUGUUACAUUUAUGAUUAACACUAAUUUCGCUUUUAUUAUUAAAGCUUCGCCAAAAACAAUACUGAACGCAAACGGUAAUAUGGCGUUUGGCUUUAUAAAUAAAAGUGGAAGCGUUUUACCAAUGUAGAGACUGAUCGAUAAUUAAAACGUACAAAAUAGCUAUUUCCGCAUGUUAGGCCAAUAGCCUCCUAAGGCCCAAGGUCCUACCAGUAGUACUUCAGUUUGAUGAAAUUUAAACCAUGUUCAAUUGGAACAGUUGCAUUUCUUUUUAGUAAAAUAUUCGAACAAAUAAAAAUCAACUGUACGAGUAUUACUAUAGGUUUAAAUUUCAGUAGCAAAUUUUUGGUUUUUCAUUUGUAUGGCUGGGCCUUAGCAGGAUAGGGAACGUGCUUGAACUGUAGGAGGCACACAGGAGCCCCCAGCACUUGCUUUGGCGUGAUUGUUUUUGAUUCAGGCCACAAGAUGGCAAACCCUCCAACGCGCACGGUCCCCAUAGAUACAUUUAAUUGUUGUACAACAGUUUUAUACUAAAAUAAUUAGCAUAUUUGGGAAAGUUCUUUAAUAUAUCGAUCAGUAUAAUGAUAGAAGUUUUGAAAAUUAACAAAAUCUUAAAGCAGACAAGGGGUGUGGCAUUCUAGUCAGUGUGAUCUUAUAUAAGUAUUUACGUAUUAAAUAUAUUUAUUUACGUAAUAAAAAUAAUUUAGAAUAAAUGAAAUUAGCUUAGUUAAUACUUUAUUUUAAUUAUCUGACAAUACAAAUUGAUUCAUAAUAAAAUGGUGAAAGUU